AUGUAUAUGAUGUGUCUGCAGCAAGGUGGCACGACCCUGCCUGCUCUUCUCAUGCAUUCGGUCGACGGGACCUUGUUGUUGGCAGAAAAAGAUAGUAAAGCGUGCACGAGCGCCUGCAACCACAUUCUGCCUCUGGCGGGGGCACUCAUCCAACAGGAAAAGUCACCACCAUCUCCAGCUGAGAAGGGUCAAGCGGCGCUCAACAAGAGAGUGGCGGUCUUUGGCAGGAGCCUGUUGGCGGCCAAGCGCAUUGUCUCUGCCCUCAUCAAGAAGCGGGAGGCCGAGGCCAAUCCCUUUAUCAAAUCAUCUACCUCCGCGCGGACUGCUGCGUUGAUCAAUUCGCUGGAACAGACUCUAAUUCCAUGGGCUGACCCUUAUGUGCUGCCUCCCUUGUGUGGGGCAUCGCCAUGGCCCAAGAAUGCGACGCUCCCCACGGGGCUCGAGGUGGCAGCGCUCAUGGGCCAAAAUUGGAUCUUGUCCAUUGUGGCUGGGCCACACUCGGAAUCGGAUGAGUAUCUUGUGGAGGACUUGAUUGAGGACACGGAGAUUCAGACCAUGCGGCUUGUGAGCCGUGCCAACAUACUACCACUGCCCAUUUGGGUUCCGCCACCAGCGUCGGCAGAUGCGUUGUAUCCGACCGACUGCCCAGUGCUGGCGCUCUAUCCGCAAACAACCUGCUUCUAUCCAGCGACCGUCAUCUCUCCGCCUGAUCUGCUGAGUGGAUCAAGGAGUUAUUCGCUGCGAUUCAAGGAUGAUGAUUACGAGGAUGGCCGAGUGCGACCGCAAACAAAGUGCCUGAUUGAUGUCAUCUGA